AUGCCACCCACCGGAAAGAUGACAGAGGAGCUGGCCGUCCGUCGUGUCAAACGUGCAGUAAAGGCGCGCACAACCUGGAAUAUAACCGACAUACAAUUCCUCAAGCAACAAGGAAGACUUGACGAGCUGUGUGAGAACAUCAACUGCGACCAAUUCACGGAGAAAGCGAGAAGAGUCCCCGAAUGCGAGGUCCAGAUACCGAUAGACGCAGUAGCUUCAGGACUUGCGAAAGCACGCCCAACGCAUGCAGCAGAAGGCAGUGAUGACAGCGGUCAUGAUUGCAGUGACAACCACUCUGAUGGCGGCCCCGACGACCAGAUCAUCGAAGUUUCCAAGACCCCAUCUCUCAGUCACAAGAGAAAGAAAAAAGAUUCUACGCUGACGUCGAGCAAAGAGGAUGAACCGACAAGGAAGAAGACCACGACAUUCUUACCGAAAGAAAGCAGGCUGAAGCAGAAAUUGCAGCCAUGGGAGCCACCCAAACCAGAGGACGAGGUCCCUCAAGUGCGUGAUGUACGAGAAGAUGAGAUACCCGUUGGUCAAUUUAAACAUGAUCCCGUACCAAAACGCAUCGUUGUAGCAGACAUUACGUCGGGAAUUCUUGUUUACCGUAUCCGGAACUGGACAGUCAAGGCAGAGAUCUUGAGCUGCGGAGACGGCUAUGACGAGAGCUACCCUUCCGAUAAGGCGUAUUCCUGGGAUUGGGACGUUGCUAAUCGAAACAUUGUGUGGUUGGAUCAUGUCAAAUCUGUUACACGAACAUUCAACGACUUCUUCGUUUUCCUCAUUGACGAGACGAACAAAAACGCCAAAUCGAGUGCAAAAAUUCCAUACAGGAACGGAGACGACUUCCGAGCACACCGGUGGCUAUACGACAUAUGGAACAUCACGAUGCCGGGCCAAACGGCGGAAAGUCUGAGCGAUCCGGAAAGGACAACAGUGGAGUUGCUUUCGAUGUUGAAAGACUUCGAUGAACAAAGUCGAUUGAUGUAUCGAGUGGUUGGGAAGGUACAUGACCGCAUAGAGAAGUGUUCCCAGGAUGAAAGCACAACUUUACCGGAGUUGGCCAAAACGACCGAGCAGGGUCUUGUGUACCUCUGGGAGCAAAUGCAUGCCAUGGUACACACGCUGUACGCUACACGAAAGCAGCCAAAGUUGAGUUUCAGAACACGCCUCAAGCUCGGUGAUCGGGCUCUAAGUCUGUUCGGAAUGCGCCUGACUGGAGAGGGAUCAGAGAAGACCAUAGUUGCAUUACCCGAUCCACCGAAGUUAAAGGCCAUAUACCAUGACGAGGAGGUACGUCACAGUGAGCAAAGUAUGCAUCGCGACGCAGAGUGUUCGAUGGCUCGUAAAGCGAAACAAGCACAACAAGGGGGCCAGGGUUAGACGCAACUCUUGCCGGAGCCAAAAAAUGCUCGCCUGGUCGUGGAGCCAGAGCAGGCCGAAAAGAACCGAAAAGAACCGAGAAG